AGUAACCGCGGCAGCCGCUGAUGCGUGAAGCGAGAGCAAGCUUAUCUCGCAACGGCUUCGCGCCUGGUAGCCAUGCAUGCGCCCAACGCUGAGAGCCGCGGUGGCGGGAGGAAACACUACGGCACCCCCCGGAGUUACGAUGCUGCUUCCGCCGAUUUCGCCGAGCAGAGCGUAACCGUGACCAUGGCUCAGAGUGAGUGUGGCGCAGUCGGUGACUGGGGUGACGGCCAAAAAAUGUGGAACCUCGUGGCAUCGCUUUUAGGCUCUGAAACCUGACAUUGGCAAGGCCCCCACUGAUGAACAGCACGGCCGCGAGGAGUGCCAGUGCCACGGAGCGCUACGUGGCCGCCGUGCUGGUCUCCGCCGAACUGUGCAUCUCCAUUCUCGGAAACCUGCUGGUGCUGUUCGUCUCACUGUGGGACGAGCGCGUCAAGCAGCAUCGCUCGAACUUGCUGGUCGUCAGCCUUGCAGUGACCGACCUCCUCACGGCCACUCUUGUCAUGCUGCCGUCGGUGUGCGCCCUGACCAACGACGGCUGGCCCCUGGACAACCCAGGCUUCUGCACCUUCCACGGCAUCCUCAACUACUGGCUGACGUCAACAUCGAGCGUGACGCUCGCCAUGAUCGCACUCGACCGCGGCGUGGCUGUCCACAAGCCGCUCGAGUACGUCCAGCGCUGCACGUGGCACCGCCUGGUGCAGAUGGUGGCACUGCCUUGGACGCUCGGCAUCGUCUUCGCCGUCGUGCCUGCCAUCCUUGACUGGACCGCGUACCAGUUUGACAACAUCGUCUGCGACGUCGACUGGCACCCCCGGCGCGAGCAUGUCAUCUACUACGCAGCAACCUUCUCCCUCUGCUUUGCCACGCCGGCGGCCAUUGUGCUCGUCCAGUACGCCCGCAUCCUCGCGUCAGUGCGUCGCUUGCGCUCCAACACGGUUGUGAAUCCACCGGUGGUUGUGGUGCCAAAAGGGGACGUCUCCAACGGAACGCUGUCCCGCCAGUUGUCCUUUCGGCGCCGGGCGGGACAGGGGAACCAGAAGAUCCUUGUUAGCAUCUUGGCGGUUAUCGUCAUAUUCUUCCUCUGCAUCACGCCGUUUUGUUGCACCAAGCUGGUCAAGGUGCUGCUUGGGCCCAAGGCCAUUCCGGACUGGCUGGACAUGCUCUCGACCGUGGUGCAGUUCCUGGCAUCCGUCGUGAACCCCUUUGUGUACUCCAUCGGACUCAAGAGCUUCCACGAGGCACUGUGCAGACUGUCGCGCAGUGGACGACACAGGCUGUUCUGGAGUACUUCAGUGUGAGUGGCCAGAAAUGGCAAGAAGGAGACUGGCAUUGCUUUUGCAAUGUUUGUAUGCCUGUAUAGUUUACGUAGAGAAAAAUAUAUUCUUUACUUCCAGCAACGGUGGCUCCUAACUGAGCGUUACAUUUGGACCCAGUGAAAAGGAAGAACUGCGAGAUGAAAGCAGAUGCUCAAAGGAGUCAAUAUAAGUGAACAUUCUACCACUGCCUUUAAACAUAAAUUUAGUAGGACAUGUGCAGGCAUGCGAGAAAAGUAGGUCAGCUAUGUAGCCUUCAAUUACAGGUAUAAAAUCUGGAACACAACAGCAUAUCAAGCAUAUUCUCCCAGCGUUACGAGACAGAGCAGUAUUCAUUUCGUAGCUUCCAAGAACAGGUGACUAAAACGUUCAUGAGGUCUUACCAACCCGUCACACUGUUCCCCUCUGGAAUGUGCAAAACUCAAGAGUUGAAAACGCUGCAACUCGGAAAUGUUAGGAAGUCUGUCCAGAAAGCUUAUCCAGGCAGAAGUCUGUUGAGAAGGCAUCCAAUUUUUUAUACUGCACAACCAGAAUUGCGCUGUGAUCCCAGCCAAACUUUGUACUUAUGAGGUUACCUAACUUCAAUGUUAAAAUGCCAGUGUGCGUGUUCCAGGCCCCCUAAUAGCAUGAUCAUCAGGAGGCGUAAAAUGCACGUGUUGAUGCUAGGUGAAGCUACACCAUAAAUAAACAGUAACUCUGUUUCAUGUUGUUGCUAUGCAACAAUUUGCCGUUGGAUAUCAUCCGGGGCCCUCGUUCACAAAAUUAUUUCACAAGUGCCAUCCUCAACUGGCCACGGCCGAAGCGAUCGUUUCAUCACGAGGUCAGUUGCUAUCAUUAGUGGCAGGCACCCAAAUAUCAGCUAACUAGAAAAUGCUCUGACGAAAGAGAAGUGUUGCGAAUACUGUGCCCACAUUUUUCUGACCGGAUAAUGGAUGGACACGGGUAAUGUGGUGGAAACAGAGGAGUGAAAAGCGCUGUUCAUUACGGAAAGAUACAGUGUGUGAAAGGCUGGCUAUUCAGCCUAGUGCUUCCGAUGUCGAGAUUAGUUUAGUUUUUUUUUUUUUUUUUGCACAAAAUGCCCCCAGAAUAAAUUUCAGAUUUGAGAAAGCCAAGUUCACAGUUCACCUUUAUGCACAAACGUACAAGCAUCAAAUUUAGUUCUGAUGGCAAUGUUUCUCUGAUGUUACCAUAAAAAUUUCAAAAUUAUAUCUCCCCAACUUUCUUAAUCACAAUUAUUUUCCCCUUUAGGGCUUGUCCUAAGCCUGAGUGACUUACAAAAUGCAAUAGGAGACUCGUUCAAGGCAUUGUGCAUUCCAAAAUGAAUGGUUGAGGGCAUGACAUUCUUAGAUUUUUUUAUUUACAACAUAAUUUUUUUAGUUUCCAUUUUUUAUGAGGCAACUGUACAACAAGCAUCUAGACUGUGAACAACUAGUUGAAUCAUUAAUUCAGAAACUUCAUACUGGAAAAGCAAGAAUGUCACAGACUGAAUUGCACUUCAAAGAACAUGGCAAAAAAACAGAACUGAAAUAGGCCUACCAGUCGCAAAGAAAUCAGGGGCACAAGCUAGGCAGGAGGCAAGAAACAGUUUUGAGAACAUGACUUUUAAAGUAAGAUUUUACUUUACCAAAAAGCACCAGGGUUGCAGUCAUUGAUGCACUAUCAAAUGUUUUGCCUUUAGUCUGAAGUGCUUUGCUUGCCUUUUCUUUUUUCCUCAAGACAUCCUUUUCAGCGGCUCUGUGAAGAGUGUGUUGGCCAGGUUGCAGACCAAACGUUUCACAAUACCCCACGAAAACACAAUGGGUUCCAGAGUUGUAUUUGCAUACUGCUUUGUUGACUGCUGUCUCUAAUGUAGCAGAGAGGCUUACACCUUAGCAACACUCGCAUAAUGUCUCUGUUGCAUUCAGUGACGCAUUUUCGUCUUUUUGUAGCGCCGACUAAAUCAAGGCUUUAAGCAGCAUUUUGAAUAAAUUUCUUUUCCAAGACAGCAGCUGAGGAGCUUCACAUCAGAAAAGCACUGGUACACGGGCAGCAAUACAGCUGAAACAUGCACGCCUUGCAGGCCAGCCCUUAUGCAGAGGCCUACCCUGUGCUGUUGCAGUGUGGUGUUUGCACCAGCUACCAUAUUUUGAGAACAUUGUAUUGUACAAACUUUUUCUCAUUUGAGCAUUGCAAGUGCCUGGAGAGCUUACAAAAUGCAGUGGAAUGUUUGUUGAAUAUUGUGAGCACAGCCAAAUGUGAUUCUUUCAUUUUUUUUUUACCUUUUUGUUUUUUCUUUUCCAACCACAAAAAAUUUGCACUUCUCAUUUUUCUUGUCACCGUCACAUCAGCCACAAACUUUGGGUGCGAACGAAUUGAAAUAAUCAAGCAAAAAAGGCAAGAAUGUCCCUACAUGCACUGUAGCUCAAGGAAUGUGACCAAGAAACAUUACAAAAAGAAAAAUUAAAUAAAAACCCGACUUUGGUGCACGAUAUGCUUGUUCACAGAGCCCGAGGCAAUGAUGUGCGAAAUGCUCAGCCACGGGUCCGAGGAAUCUGCACGCGAUGUGCUUGAUCGCCAAGCCUUGAAAGGCGUCGCCGAAGGUCUGAAGAGUGCGUGCACGAUGUGCUAGGUCGUGUAGUUGGAAACACUGAUGCUUAAAAGGCUUAGUCGUGUGUCUGAGGAUUCCGCACACGAAGUGAUUGGUCGCGAAGUGAGGGUCACCGAUGCUCAGAAUGCUGAGCCGUGGGUCGGAGCCGUCUAGAAAUGAAGGGAUUGGCCGUGCUUCUGCGAUGUCCACGUCACGCUCGCUUUGACACUCGUAGAAGUCACAGUGGUCAAGAGCUCGCAAGGUGUAAAGAGCAGCCAAUGCCCCCACGAAGCGAGCACUGGACCAAUGGCGAAGCACGCUGGAGUCCCAUGGCAAGCACAGCCAAUUGGAGACUUUGGAAUUAACCUUCAAUCAUUUGCUUUUUGUGUGAUUGUUUCUGCGUGGGGGAGAUAGCUGAAGCGACAAAUUUGAAGACUGUGAAAUGUUCUUUCUGACAAGACCAAGAUGGCGGUGCUAGGUUGCGCCGUUCUGGAGAUAUUGUGGCUUGAAAGAAUGGCAUUUUUUUCGUGCUUUCAGCGAAAUAUUUUGCCCCCCUGGCUGGUACACCAAAUUUUUUCGAGCACUUCUAAGUGGCUUUCAUUGAAGAUAUUUCAGAAUCAGAUAGAACGAGAGUAACAGAAUCUGAAAAGUGAU